CGCAAGUGCGCGGCAACUGAAAUGGUUGUCUCAGCAACCAUCGUUCGUUCGUUUGAUUUAUCGGUCUUCUCAGGUUGGUGCUCAGUCUAUCUACGUAUUCCAUCAUUGUUUCUAAUGAAGAUGAUGCCCGUGGCUGGAAACAUUCAAAGUGCGAGGAAAAAUUGUCUUUCUCGAAAUUACCCCUUUCGUAAGAACGAGGAUGAGUUAGAUGAUGAGGAAAUAGAACUUCCGCCGACAGAAUACGAGGAUAACUACGCUCAUCAACAGUAUGAUAGCAAACCGGCACUGCGCAGGGAUUUCCUGCGAGAGAAUUUUCGGAAAAAAGCUACAAAAACUGUGAUGAAACGAGCUCAGGAACAGUACGAAACUAUUCAUCGGCAGGAGGUAGAGCGGAUGCCUCUCAAGAAACGGCCGGAUUACUACAUGUCAAAGGACCUAAGCAACGAACCCCAAUACAAUUUGUACAAGACUGAUGACAUGACUACGUUCUGGAGCUAUCGCUCGAGAACAAAUGAUUCCAAAAGAAGAAACACCAAUUUUACGAAGCCUAUUAGCGAACAGUUGGACCAACAAUUUGGAUAAUUUACAGCACUAAUAUCAAUUCUUUGUUUUAAUUUUUUUUUUCAAAUAGGGGGAAAGACGGCUUUGGCAGGUUUUG